CUUGUAAUGAAGCUUUCAAAAUGGCUCAAGAAAAACCUCAAAGACAACAUUAAAGACACCUUAAAAGCAACUAUCAAAAGUUUACUUCAGUUGGACCCUCCCAUAGAUAGAAAGACUGACAUAAGUAAACAAGAAAAGGAGUUGCAAUUAUCAAUGCAAGCUCUAUUGAAAAAUGACAUAGAGUUACAAAAAGAAUGCACACAGUUAAGCACAUAG